AUGAGUGGGCUGGAUACCAUGGAGGACGAUUUUACUGAAGAUGUCUUUCUUCAAGAUGGUCUCUGCCCGACCAUCGCAGAGCAUGCAGCCCAGUGCAGCUCCCUUUUUCAGAGGAAAAUGGCCAUUGCAGAUAUCGUGCCGGAUCCUACGAUUUUGGAUGACCAGUUGGCACGCUUCACACUCUGGGGAAAUAACAUGGACGUCUAUGGGCCGCUCAAUGUUUCGCUGGACUACAGACUCCGAUACAGUCCCACAGUCGUCCAGAUUUUACAUCAGCUCCUCGACGUCAUCUGUGAGACUUUAGAUUCUUUGCAACCAGUCGACGAACAGCGACCACCGGGUCCGAACCGGAGAAGGAAGAAACAGCGCAUAGGAGAAAACAAAGAUUCAGAAGUCACGAGGAGAACCGGCGACGAUUCAAGCGACUCGGAUAGUGAGCUGGAUCAGACUGAAGAAAAUGUUUCGAAAAUCACAAUCACAAUCCACGGCACCAUAGCACGACUCUUCCGCCUCUCCAAUGCCGUUCGAAGGUCCGCAAAGGCCAACCGGGCUCGCAAAAUCGAACGAUACAUCGACGAUGAAGAGGCAAAUACCGCGAUUGCUGAGUUACGUCUUUACACAGAAUGCUAUAUCCGCUUCCGGUUUCCCCAGGCGCCUGAUUCACUUCGCAAAGCAUUAGUCAGAGCGAAUGAGCUGCGACUUCGACGGCUGUAUUACCAGCGAUCCCACCGACGGCGCAUUGACAUGAGUAUUCAGAAUCCACAACUCACCCAAGCUGUUCGUCCACAACUACCCAAGAUAAAGGAGGAUCCUCGUCAGACUGUGCAUUUUGCUGCGGGCGUGUUCCAAAAGCCUGCGAGCGACAAUAAAUCAUCAGGACCAGCCGGCUUUGUGCCAGCGCCAGCGACAAAUGCGACGACGGCUCGACAGACUGCUGUUGGCGCUUUCUACGCGAAGUCUGCAACGGAGGUCCCUCGGGCUAAAUCUAUUGUAGUGAACAACAAACUAUCGUUCCCCCCAGUACCGCCGUCACCAGAAUGCCCGUACUGUGGCGUUAUUAUUGAGUUUAAGACCGGUUCAAGGUCAAGGUUGUGGCAGACUCACGUCAUCGGAGACUUGGAGCCAUUUAUUUGUGUCUUUCCACACUGCUUGGAGGGAGAACAUGAGACGACUGCUCCACCAACAUUUGAAACGUCAAAAGCUUGGGUCAGCCACAUGCAAAACGCUCACGGGCAGGCAUGGGAGUGUAGAGCCCCUUCUCACGCUCCAAUGAUAUUCAACCAGGAAAUCCAGCACCAGGAGCAUUCGAUCAGAGAGCAUGGCGUGCCUGAAACUCAUGCCGGGAUUCUCAGCAGCGCAGCACGAAGACCUGUCCUAGAGAAGAUGCUGCAAUGCCCCUUUAACGACGAUUUCCAGCCCCCAGAAAAAGUCGAACCGAGUCUCGCCUUUGCGAGCGAAGCUCUGCAGUCACACAUUGCCGGCCAUAUAAAAGAAAUCGCUUUGCUUACACUACAAAAGCUGCCGAGCGAUGAGGACGAGAACAAUAUGAGUUUUGAUAGCGACCACCCAUUAGAUGAUGAGGUUGGGCCUGGGUUAGUAAAGUUCCGUGGUUCUAUGUACAGUGUACUAGACGACGACGAAGAUCUCGUUUUCCAGGACGACGACGACGAUGCUGAGGCAGCCAAUGUCAAUUUGGAUCUCGAAGCGGAAGGCCUCAGUCCGUCAGUGUCGAGACUUGACUUGGAGGAUAAAAACGUGGCAGGAAUGACAAACCUUCACCAGGCCGUGCAGACCGGCGAGUUGCAAUUGGCCAAGUCUUUGAUCCAGGGCGGCGCAAAAUUGAGCAGCAGAGACAAAAGCGGUAGGACGACAUUCCACUACGCCUUCAUGGAACAGUCCUGUUAUCCUGCUAUUGUAGAUCUGUUACUCAACGCCGGCGAUAAAUCCAUCGUGGAUCUAGGCGACGACAACGGUCAAACAGCUUUGCAUUAUGCUGCACAGACGGGCAACACUCAUGGAAUACAAAUUUUGACCGACAACGGCGCUGAUGCCGAUCCCAUUGACAACUACGGGUUUACUCCGUUCCUCUGGGCUGUGGUUGCUGGCCAGGCUGCGGCCACUGAGAAACUUUUAUCCCUAGGCGCUGGGAAUCCCAACUCAGUCAGCCCAGAUGGAAAAUCUGCGCUGGCUUGGGCAGCCGGUCUGAGUCAUAUAGAAAUCGCUGGGUUCCUUGUGCACCGCGGUGCUAAGAUGUCGAGGACACUUAAUGGGCCGAUGAUGAUGCCUUUAGAUGAAGCUGCUGCUGCAGGCAACCACUUCAUCGCACAGUUGCUCCUCGAUAUGGGCGCAAAUCCAAAUUCUCGUGAUCGGGAUGGCUGGUCUGCCAUACACUGGGCAGCGGAAGAGGGCCAUCUGGGAGUUGUGCGCUUAUUGCUGGAAGCAGGGGCCAACGUCGAUGCUCUGCUUCUUUCACGACGUGCGGACGCGCGUAAGGCAAACUGCCACGGGUGGACUGCACUUCACCAUGCAGCCUACAUGGGCCAUUCUCAAGUUGCCCAGUGUCUCCUGGAAGACGAGCGUGUACGAAUGAAUGCCUCUCAGCAGGACAAUCAUGGCUGGUCCGUUUUUCACCUAGCUGUGUACAGUCGAGAUCUGUCUACUAUCGGGGUCCUGCUUGGCAGCGCUGCUAUACAAGAGCCUCGAGGCUUGCUUGAUGAGAGUGGCCUUACACCAGAAGAAUGGCUCGAUCUUCGGCCAUCGAGCCAUAGCUAUAAAGCCAUCUGUAACUUGGCUUUUGGCAAGUCACGCUGUUGCAGAGCCGUCACGGGGUUACGACGAGCUGUGACGAUAAAACAGGCGGUAACCACGGGCAACAUCCCUAUGAUAAAUCUCUUCCUCAGCUUGGGCCACGAUGUAAAUGGCAUGAAUUCUGGAAGAAGGACGGCGCUCUAUUACGCCGCAAAGAAGCGCACGCUUCCCAUCGUGGUCCUGCUUCUUGAGCAUGGCGCGGAUCCCAAUAUUCUCCCAGCGGGACGCAAAGCCUGGGAAGAAUUUAUUCCCGAUGAUGAUGUUCUACAACUACUCAAACAAGCGGGUCUCAUUUGCAAAAGAAGACUCUACACUCUCACCAAAGUCGGAUCCAUCUUCCUUCCUUGCACCGCAAGACAUGUCUAG